GAUGCCACUGUCUUGGAGGAAAAGCUGCUGUAGCUGAUCUCAAGCAAAUGCGAAACUGAAGCAGCGAGGAAUUAAUGUUGAUAAAUGUUGCCUUCUGGCUGUUUUGAUAAUAAAAUAGCCAAUCCGAGCGUUGCUAGAGGCCUAAUGCUGCAAUUUACCGAAGGUCGUGGAUGUCCUUGAAAUUGCUUUGACAUUAAUGUGUAACAGAUUUGAAUGUUGGAUUCAUUGUCUUCACUUAAAAGAUAGCGAGAAAGGUUAAGUUUAGCCCCCAAGAGGGCAAUAAAGAAACCAUGACUGUUUUACCUCGAACUGGGGAUCAGCAAGGCCAGCCAGACCAGCAAAAAGAAACCCCCUCUUCUGAAGGGCAAGGAACGUCAAAGCCAGUUACCCAGAAUGAAAUUGAAAACGAGGAAUCACCUCAAAAGACCAGUGAGGUAAUAGAUGAAGUGCAACAGAAGCUGGAAGGGAUUGACAUUGACAAAGAAACACAGGUGCUCGACAGCGAUUUUGAUGAAAAUGGUGAACCUGUGUUUCCCAACAAUGAACUGGCUCGACUUGAUGAAAUGGUGAACAGACCAAAGUGGGUGAUCCCAGUUCUUCCUAAUGGAGAGCUUGAGGUGUUGAUUGAUGCUGCUAUAAAGCUCUCUAAGAAAGGGUUGGAUACAAAAAGCGAGAGCUGUCAAAGGUUCAUAAAGGAUGGAAUGACAAUAUCGUUCAACAAGAUUUUUCUUGACGAUGCUGUUAGCACUUGGAAGUUUGAAAUUCAUAAAUACAUUAUGAGAAAUGCAGAAAAGCUGAUCGAGCUUUGCGUGGUCAAGCUGAGCCAAGACUGGUUUCCUCUGCUCGACCUACUUGCCGUUGUUCUUGAUCCAAAAUCCAGAUUCCACCAGUACAAUGCAUCACGAACGCCAGAAACAAUUGCUGGCGCUGAAGAGGAUAAACCUUGUUACGCCAAGCCAUCGGACCAUCGUCAGCAAAGGGGUUGGCUCGUUGACCUCAUCAACAAAUUUGGAAGCCUCGGUGGUUUUGACAUAUUGAAAAAACGACUUUGCGAAGGAGGAAACAUUAACAUACCCGUGAUUUGUGCCCACCUUAGGCCAUUUGGACAAUGUGCUGACUUCCUUACGAUCAAGACCAUUGAAGAUUCAUUGAUGCCGUGUGUACAACUUAUAAAGAAAUACAUGGAAGGACUCACAGACGAAGAGCUCAAGAAAGAAUCGAAACAGGAGUCUAAAAACGAAGUUAUUUCAACAAUAAUAAGGAGCAUGAAGAAUUUUGCUUCUAGAUUGAAUGACCAAGAAGAGUUUUGUAAACAGCUAGAAAAAUUAAGGUUGCAGAUGAUUCUUAGGCUACUCCAGGUAUCUUCUUUCAACGGAAAAAUGAAUGCGUUAAACGAGAUUAAUCGUGUCAUCAGCAAUGUCUCAUAUUACGGACAUAGGCAUCAUGGUUAUGAUGAUAUUGAGUACCUCACCAUGGAAAUGGUUGCCGAAUGGCUUCAAGAAAACAGGGUUCUCAGCGUUGUUCUGAAAGACAAUCUUCACCAACCUCAGUACGUCGAGAAAUUGGACAAAAUCAUUCGCUUUGCAAUCAAAGUAAAAACGUUGACAUUGGAAGAUCUUGAUACCAUUUGGAAUGCUCAGAUUGGAAAACACGAAGCCAUUGUGAAAAAUGUACACGAUUUGCUGGCGAAGCUAGCUUGGGAUUUUUCAGCUGAGCAGCUAGAUCACUUAUUCUCCCGGUUUCAGGCGAGUUGGAAAGAAGCCAAUAAAAAACAGCAGGAGAAGCUGCUUGAAUUAAUACGAAGGCUGGCAGAAGAUGACAAAGAAGGUGUCAUUGCCCAUAAGGUCCUCUGGCUUUUAUGGCAUCUUGCACACAGCGAUGACUUGCCCACUGAUAUUAUGGAUCAGGCUCUCGUGGCUCAUAUCAAAAUUCUCGAUUUCAGCUGUUCGCAGACGCAAGACCGUGAUAAUUUAAAGCUGGAGUGGAUCAAACAUAGCUUAAACGAGCUACGCAAUGGCCGAUGGGUGAUACCAGCGUUGAAGCAGAUUAAGGCAAUUUGUGAACUCUUUUAUGAGGGCUAUGGUCAAAUGCAGAAUCCGCAUGUACAGUACAGGAAUGUUGUCAUUGAAAAAAUACAGAGCACCUACAGUGUUGUGAGCCUUGUUGCCGAAAACCUUGCUACUUAUAUGGAAAACGUCAGAGAGCUAGUCAAAGCUGACCCAAACAUUGACCCACAAACAUUGGCUAUCGAUGGACGAUACACACAUACUCAACAGAUACAAGAGAGAUUGGAUUUUCUUAGAUUCAUUUUGAAUGAUGGUAAAAUGUGGCUCUGUGAACCUCAGGCCAAGCAGAUUUGGAUUUGUUUGGCGGUUCGAUCUGUGUUUGCAUGUGACACCGAUGUGUGUUUCAUUUGGUUCUCAAAGGUGAUGAGCGAUGAUCCAGAUCUGGACCCCGAAAUUUGCAAGCAGUUCUUCGAAGACAAUGUUUUCAAAUUGGAUGCAAGUAAACUGAAUGAACACGGUCUGAGGUGCUUUGAAAGAUUUUUCAAAUAUGUCAAUACAAAAGAAGGUAUUCUGUCAAAGAAGCGAAACGGAACGUAUGUGCUGGAAAGCACUCAACUUGUGGGAUAUGAUUACCUAUGGAAGAUCAUUCUCAACGCACCCCUUGAGAUCGCAAACAAAGCAAUCGAGAUUUUAAAGGAGAUUUACACAAACCUUGGAACUGAUCUUAAGACAAAGCCAGUAGAUAUUCACAACAAGUUUAUUAAGGAUUGCAUGAAUCGGCUGAAUCCUUCUUAUGAUGUUCUAAUAAGCGAAUCGGAACAAAAUUCAAUUCCUCGGGAAGCCAGGAAGAUUGUUCUCUGUUUAAAAACUUUGAAAGAAUACGUCGCUGAAUGUGAUAAAUGUUACCCCGAUGAAAGAUCGUUUCUUCCUCACGAAAGGGCCUGUCGUGGAAAGCACAUCACACUUUUCAUACGAUUUUCUCCUCAAGCACGACAAUCAGAUGAUUUUGAAAUAUGGUCACACACAAACGAGUCUUUGGCCUCUGUUCGACGAAUUAUUUACAAUCGAUUAAAAAUGUCGCCGAUAAAUGUGAAACUUGAGCUGCAUUUCAAUGGAGAAAUCCUUUCGACUGCGGAUGAUCGAAAAUUAGUUGGGCAAAUUCCUUUUAAAGAUCGAACGAUAAUCACAGUAAAACUUGGCGCAGUCGGUGGAAGCUCCCCCUCUUCCCCUGAUUCAUCGUCUGAUUCGUCUCCACCGCCUACCCCACAACCUGGGGAGGGACCGAACCUUGAAGCUGAGCAUUGUUUGCCUGGCGUGGUUAUGUCAAAGAUGAAGUUUGCCAAUUCGCUGUUUCUUCUUGGUGAUCUUGGCAUGAAACACAACAUCCCUGAGCUAAGGGAUAUAGCACUCAGCCUUCUAAACAUAAUCCCAACUGAUGUCGACACAAUACGAAAAACAAGAUUAAUAUGUGAAGAUAGAGCACUGAAAGGAUCAAAAUCAAACGUUAAUUUAGAUAUUUUGUUUUUCACUCCAACACCAAUCAACGUUCUUUAUAAUUUGCAGGUUGUAUAUUCUUUGCUAAUGCCAUCUGCACAACCCUGUAAUGAAAUUUCAACAAACUUUCAGCUCAAUUUCAUUUCUGCUGGGGGUAUCAAAGCCGUUAUUAACAUGUUAACGAAAAGCAGUUUUAUGUCAAAUGCCGACACAUUGAUGCAAAGAUCUGCAUACCAAACGCUGCUGAAGAUAGCAAAGCUGAUGUUCACUGUGAUUGGCUAUGCACAGGUGCAACAUGUUGCCGAGGCUCUGCAAAAGGAACCUGGAAGAGAACUGACUAUCACAGCUCAGCAGCACAGUGCUGCGCUGGUAUUACAGUCGGCUUUGAAGAGCAUUCCCAAUCUAUGCCAAGAGUGUGUUGUCAGAAAUAUCGCUUAUAAGCUUGGACUUGCGCUGUCCCAACAGGCCAUUGCCUGCAUUCCAGACAUGAAUGUAAUUGAAGUUCUGCAAAGGCUAGCAUGGGUUUCUGCAGUUGGAUUUACUGUCAUGGCACAAGCUCCACUCUCAGAAGUCCACUUAGCAUUCGAAAAGGGAUCGCAGUGUCAGAUUGAGCCUGAAGAUAUCGCACUUGCAAGAGAGGCUCUUGAGGUGUUAACAAUAGCGAUUAUGCUUUUUCCGUCGGCUCUCGAUUCUUUGACAAAGGACAGACAAUGGCAGCUGUUUAUCAAUGAUAUGAUUCUGAUAUGCAGAAGCAGGACCGUUCGAGUUACCGCUGCAGAACAAUUUUUCCUUAUGGCAACCAAAUGUACAAAUGGAGACAAACCCAUACGCUUUUUUAUUCAACUUCUUUUCACUGUUCGUGAUACUGUUGCUUCUGAACAUGCUGGAGCUUCUUGUGAGUAUUUUGGUCUUCUCUGUCGCUUACUAAACUUUGGUCGCAUUAACGAACUGCAGCUGAACAACUCGGAAGCCAUCCUUGGCCAAGAGAUCUCGUGGCUAGCAUCUGUAUGGGAAAAGGCUAUAAAUUCAGACGAUGGACGAGAGAUUGUAAAUAAUGAGUUGCUGGAAGGGCAUUUAGGAAUCACUCGAGAGCUUUUAUCAUAUCAGACACCGCAAAAGAGAUAUUUUAUUGGAAGUGAUCCAGAUGGGCACAAACUACUCAGGCAUCUCACUGAUGAUUUCAUAUUUUCUGGCUCGCGACUAGCUGUAGAAGCAAAGAGAGGAGGUGACAUCUUCUCUCGCCAUGUGAAUCCGAUUUGCGAAACACCGGGAACAAUAGUAACAGCCCUAGAUCUUCUAGUUUCUCUCUGUUCCGGAUGUGUUCUAAACCUUCGAAUUCUCAGCCAGAUUUUGAUCGAAAUGUAUUACGAAGGCAUUGAUUUGCCACUAACAGAAUGGGAAUAUCAGCCACCUAUUGGCCCAAGACCAGCACGUGGAUUUGUAGGCUUGAAGAAUGCUGGGGCCACGUGUUACAUGAAUUCAGUCAUUCAACAGCUUUACAUGAUUCCGGAGAUUCGAGCGGGUAUACUUGAGGUUGACGUGGGUCCUUUAGAAAACGAAGAUGAGCAUUUGGAAUCAGAUGAGAAGACCGACAAAGAGAGUUUUUCAAUUCUGAGUUAUAACAAAGAUGUUGAAAAAUCAGAUCGAAAGUCUUCAAUGGAAGUUGAAAAAACAAAGGAACAAGAGCGAAAAGAAUAUAACCAGAAAGUUUUGCGGCAGGUUCAGGGGAUUUUUGGGCAUUUGUUGGAGAGCAAGCUGCAAUUUCAUAUUCCGAGAGGUUUUUGGAAAACGUUCAGGUUAUGGGGAGAGCCAGUUAACCUGAGAGAGCAGCAUGACGCCUUAGAAUUUUUCAAUUCCUUGGUGGAGAACUUGGACGAGGGACUGAAAGCGUUGAAUAAAAAAGGCAUGUUGACCGAAGUCCUUGGUGGAUCAUUCGCCGACCAAAAAAUAUGCAAAACAUGUCCUCACAGGUACUCAAGGGAAACUCCGUUUACAGCCUUGAAUGUUGACGUUCGAAAUCACCACACCCUGAUCGACUCACUUGAACAGUAUGUUAAAGGUGAUUUGCUCGAGGGUGCAAAUGCUUACCAUUGCGAAAGAUGUGACAAAAAGGUUGACACAGUUAAGCGCAUGUGCAUCAAAAAGUUACCUAAAGUUUUAGCUAUUCACUUGAAAAGGUUCGAUUAUGACUGGGAAAGAGAUUGUGCUAUAAAGUUCAACGAUUACUUUGAGUUUCCAAGGCAGUUCGACAUGGAACCUUUCACUGUGGAAGGCCUAGCGAAGAUUGAGGGUGAAAUUGUAGAAGAUGAUAGAUGUGAGGAGAAAGACAAGGACGAUGUUGAAAAGGAAACGAUUGAAGUACCUGGAAGCACAGUGUAUAAUCUUGUUGGUGUCGUUGUACAUAGUGGACAAGCAAGCGGGGGACAUUACUACUCUUAUAUAAUUCCAAGGCCGUCAGUUGAUGGGGAAUCUCGAUGGUACAAGUUCGAUGAUGGCGAUGUUUCCGAAUGUAUAAUGGAUGAGGACGAGAUGAAAAACCAAUGUUUCGGCGGUGAAUACAUGGGUGAGGUAUUUGAUCAUAUGCUGAAAAGAAUGUCGUAUCGAAGACAAAAAAGAUGGUGGAAUGCCUAUAUAUUAUUUUACGAACGAUUGGAUGUUUGUGGUAAAGCAGAUCGUACUGACCCACAGAAAGGUUUUAAAAUGGAGAUGCCUGGAGUGAUUGAAAGAUCAGUGAGAAGACAAAAUAUACUGUUUAUGCACAACAGAACCCAGUUUUCAGCGGAGUAUUUUCAAUUUAUCAAAAAGCUAGUUAUGUCCAAUACGGCCACAUUCCAGAGCAUGAACCAACAUUAUCUAUCAAAGAUCAGCCAAGCUGAGAGAGAUGAACUGGCCUUGCUCAGCCUGCAACUUCUAUGUAAAUUCCUGUUUAUGGUUGGCUUCCAUACGAAGAAAAAUAUUAGAGGGCCUGCCUCGGAAUGGGGAGAAGUUUUGUCAGGUUUGUUGAAGCAGAGUGCGAAGCUACGACAAUGGUUCGCAAUCGAGGUUUUGCUCUCACAUCCUGAAAGGAUGGUUGAAUAUUUAAUCGACUGCCCAGUUGCAGAGAUAAGAAGUGCUUUCGCAAAAGUGAUUGUUUACCUUGCCCAUGCAACAAGACAAGAUGGCCUUUGGAAUGCCAAGCUGCUAAACCGCCCCAUCGAAAUUUUGACAAGCAUAAGACUGGACCCGGAGACCUCCACUCUCAGUGAUUACAUCCUGAAAUGUGUUCUUGAACUGAUCAACAAAGAUGUCACUGAUAGCAGCAAAUACCUUGUCCAAUACUUCCAGCUCUUCGUCAUGUACGUUGGCUUUGGAGUCCCAGAGCGGAAACAGUUGCUUGAUCUCGGCGUUCUACAGACGUUCAUUCGAUUGGCCUUUGAAGACGAAAGAAGCAGUACCUCUAGAUAUCCGUAUAGUGAACUCACCAAACUGUAUUCUCUUGUGUCUAUCCUUAUAAGAAGCUGCGAUGUUUCAAAGUCAAUGAAGUCUUCAAUUGAGGACAAUGAUCCGAAGCCGAAUAGAUUUUAUGAUAGCUUAAUAGAUCAUCCAAUAAUGCCAAUCCCACAGGAUGUUGAAGGCUUAAUCUACACAAGCAAUUAUGUCAAAAAGCUGCUCGAAGAAAGUGCGUCAUCCGAAGAGACAAUUUGUCUUCUCAAGUUUUUGAGUUGGGAAUGUCUCAGCUUCUCCCUCAUCGCAUUGUCUGAAGUCUUAUUCCAGAUAUCAUACACUUACUCCUAUGAACUGAGACCAUAUUUAGACAUUCUUCUACAUCUCCUGUUGAUGGAGGAUUCCUGGCAAACCCAACGGCUGCAUCAUGCUUUUAGAGGGGUUUCAGAGGAUCGUGAGGGUCUUUUUGAUACGAUACAGCGAUCCAAAGCGCACAGCCAAAAACGAGGUUACCAGUGCAUCAAGGCGAUUGUUCAGUUACUCAACAAUAGUGAAACUGCAGUGAAAAUGAUAAAAACAAAUGAAGGCUUGAAACAGCGCUGGAAUUCUGCUAUUCAGUGGCUUGGUGAUGAACUAGAAAGGCGAGCACCAUCAGCAUAUAAUUACAACAACUGGUCACCUCCCACUCAGUCAAAUGAAACAUCGAAUGGAUAUUUCUUGGAAAGAUCUCAGAGUGCACGAAUGACAUAUACAAAGGCAAGAGAAUUCUUCGAAGAGGAGGAAGAAGAACCUGAGCUGGAGGGAGAUGCAGAGGCACCAAUUGAAUCAGAGGAGAAGAAUGAGUCUCCUACCAAUAAACUGCAAAAUAACCAGUUGAGUCCAAAAGAGAAUGCAGAUUGUUCUUCUAGAGAUUCUGAUUCCAUUUUACAAUAUGUUAAAGACCAAAAGGCACAAACUGACAAGAUUUCUGACAAGAUACCCCAAAUUGAUUUCUGAAUAGAUGUAAAAAGCUUAGGCUUCUAUGGGUUGUGAUUUCAGGACCCAGAAAACCGUGUCAGUAAUACACUAGAGUUAAAUAAUUCCAUUUUGUAGGUAAAUCUCCACACAGCAUUGAUUUAUUUGAGGAAAUCUUUAAUGUGGAAGAACUAAAAUACAACUGAAUGUAUCAAUUAUGUCAAAGGUUUAUAAUUAAAAGUUUCAAACUAAUUGUUAGUUUAAGAGUUGUUUGUACCCUUGAUUUGUACAAUUGAAUUCCCAAAAAUGCCACAGCUUUAAACUACUAAAGCUAGCUUUUUCAAGAAUCAUUAAUUGGCCUUAACAGAUAUUCACCUGAAUCAAAAAUAAUUUCUGUAUAGACAUCUUUUUAAAAAACUUGAAACUAAAAUUACUCAAAAAUUGUUUGAUUCCCUGGAAAAUCCAGCUUUCAGAGAAAAAAAGGUUGUCUUUUGAUAUGUUGUUUUAUGUGAAAUUUUUAUUUAUUUGCCUGCUUUCACUUUUGAAAAUUCUAGUUGUUAUUAGUAUAGAAAAUAUUGCUAUUGAUGUUAAUCUCUGUCCAUAUUAUGGAUUGCUUUGGUAUAUUUCUGUGUAUCUGACAUGUUAGUUUCCUUACACCUUCACUGACUGUUACUUUUUUGCAAGCAGUUGGAUGAAUCAACUUGCAUGCAACUACUUUCAUGUUAAGUAUAACUUUGAGACUCUAAUUGAAACAUGAAUUUAUUUGCAACAUUUGUCAGUUCUCUUUUUGUGUUUUAUAAUGUACCUUUUAUGUUUUGGUUGCUUGUACUGUGUAUAAAAUUUAAGCGCUUAGUCUCAUAA